CCUCAGAGUUCAGUUUGACAGAGUCAAAAAAAAAGUCGGGACCGUGUUAGACCAAUCGUCUUUUGUUUUUUGUUUUUGUUCUUGUUGUUAUCGUCGUGACUGAACCGUCUCUAUUUUGCUCUUUUAAUAGAAUGAGAAGGAAUUAUGGUGGUGAAUUCAGUGCACUGGUUUCGCAAAUGUCUUCGUUUACACGACAAUCCGGCGUUGCAAGAGGCCCUGAAUGGAGCUAAUACAGUGCGUUGUGUUUAUAUCCUGGACCCGUGGUUUGCUGGCGCCGCCAACGUUGGCAUCAACCGAUGGAGGUUUUUGUUGGAGGCACUAGAGGACUUGGACUGCAGUCUGAAGAAGCUCAACGCCAGAUUGUUUGUCGUCAGAGGGCAGCCUGCGGAGGUUUUUCCAAGACUUUUUAAGGAAUGGAAAAUGACGAGGUUAACUUUUGAGUAUGACCCUGAGCCGUACGGGAAGGAGAGGGACAGCGCCAUUAUCAAGAUGGCCCAAGAGUUUGGAGUGGAGACUAUCGUCAGAAACUCUCAUACACUCUACAACUUGGACAGGAUAAUAGAGAUGAACAACAACAGCCCUCCACUGACCUUUAAACGCUUUCAGGCUAUUGUGAGCAGGCUGGAGUUGCCCAGGAGACCGCUGCCUUCCAUCAACCAAAAGCAGAUGGACAAAUGCCACACUCAAAUAACAGACAACCAUGACCAGAUCUACAGUAUACCUUCACUGGAAGAAUUGGGUUUCAGGACCGAAGGUUUGCCUCCAGCAGUGUGGCGUGGAGGAGAAUCCGAAGCCAUGGACAGACUCGGCAAACAUCUGGACAAAAAGGUGUGGGUGGCUAACCUGGAGCAUCCUCGGGGGAACAUGUGCUCUCUGUACGCCAGUCCGACCGGACUGAGUCCGUAUUUGCGCUUUGGUUGCCUGUCCUGUCGGGUCCUCUACUACAACCUCCGAGAGCUCUAUAUGAAGCUCCGGAAGCGUUGCAGUCCUCCUCUGUCCCUUUUUGGUCAACUGUUAUGGAGGGAAUUCUUCUACACUGCUGCCACCAACAACCCAAACUUUGACCGUAUGGAUGGAAACCCAAUUUGCGUUCAGAUUCCAUGGGAUCAAAAUCCAGAAGCAUUAGCCAAAUGGGCCGAGGGCCGGACUGGAUACCCCUGGAUUGACGCCAUUAUGACCCAGCUCAGAGAGGAGGGCUGGAUCCACCACUUGGCUCGGCACGCUGUGGCUUGUUUUCUCACGAGGGGUGACCUGUGGAUCAGCUGGGAGAGCGGCAUGAAGGUGUUUGAGGAGCUGCUGCUGGAUGCCGACUGGAGUGUAAAUGCUGGCAGUUGGAUGUGGCUGUCUUGCAGUGCCUUCUUUCAACAGUUUUUCCACUGCUACUGUCCUGUUGGUUUCGGAAAAAGAACUAACCCAACCGGAGACUACAUCAGGCGUUACAUCCCCAUCUUAAAGGACUACCCAAAUCGCUACAUCUAUGAGCCCUGGAACGCGCCAGAGUCGGUGCAGAAGGCGGCAAAUUGUGUGGUGGGAGUGGACUAUCCCAAACCAAUGAUCAACCACGCCGAGAGCAACAGACUCAACAUUGAAAGGAUGAAACAAGUUUACCAGCAACUGUCGCAUUACAGAGGACUGAGCCUGCUUGCAUCAGUACCAACGAUCCAGGAGGAGGCAGAGCCACUAAUGACCGAUGAGUCCCAGACCAGCAGUGGCCCUGACUCUCCCUCCGUAGUUCACGACAGAGCAACUGGCUCCGUUGCAGCUCCCGAUUCAUCCACAGUCUGUACAUCUUCCCGCACUGUUUUAAACCCCGAACUGGCGAGCGACGAAAUGAGAUGCUUAUCCCACACACCCGUCAACUGUUCAGAUUCACAAAAGCACCCCUCCGCAACCAUAACGUCAACAUGUGCAGACCACUCAGCAGGUGUAGAGUCUCCCUCUGCAUUAGCGCCCCCACCGGCCCAGAGCCCCUUAGCUAGGUCCCAGGCGUGCACGCCUUCCUUAGGGUGUUCCACAUUGCCACCUUCUCCUAGUCCGCCUACAGCCCAAACCCAGGCGUCUUCUUUCGGAACAAGAAGAAAAAGCUUUACCCGUAAGGUACGCCGCGGUCAGAGGCAACGGGCACGACAGAGCUCCCACGCAGUACCCAGAGAAGGAGAGAGGAGAGGUGAGGAGGAAGAGACGGAGCCAGGAGAAGGAAAUGAAAAGAUGGAAGAAAGUGUUGAGAUGGAAGAAGAGAGAAUGGAAGAGGAAACCUACGCAGGACAUUAACAGUCGUACACCGUACAUUAAAAGCGUCGUUGCUUUUCGAAACAUGUCAAAACGGAGUGAUUAAACGCAUUAUUGCAUUUUGAAGAUUCAGCUCCAAAUACUAAUUUCUCUGUAUUUUUGUUUAUUGUUGCUUUAAAAUCAACAUUUUGCCAACAUCUCUGUAGCGCAAAUAGUCCACAAACCCACAAAUCAUUUUCUCUCUUCUGUUUUGUAUCCAUUAAGGGUAAAUAGCAUCUUACAUCUGUUCUGGAAAACUGGACAAAGACACUGAAUGAGGUGUUUUGAAAAAUACACACUCACCACAGGUGCCGAUGCAAAAUAUGAUUCAGAUUCAGUAACUUUGACAUUUUCUUGACUGGCAAAAUGUCCGUUUUGAUUGACACUGACAAUGAAUUAACAACAUGAAUAACAACUGUAGUUGUUCAGAACUUCCCAAUCAAAAUCUUAAUCCAUGCUCCUUAAGGUAUGAUGCCAUUGUACACAAUGUCAAACAUAAACCUUAAAAAUAAACCGAGCCUUAUUUUGAAAAGGCAUCUUUACCGAAACACUUCCUGGAGUAGAUCUCUUUCGAUUCUGCAGGUGUGCCAAAUUCUGAGUCUGGUGAGUGUGUAUUUACACUGUCUUCUAAGUUGAAGCAGUCCCACGGCAUUUUACUCGAGUAAUUUGGUCGAAAACUAAACGGGAGACUGCAGUAGCGUCUUGAAAGUAAAUGAUCAAUAUUUUCAAACAGGAGCUAUUUUAUACUGAAUAGCUUCCAGGGUGGCAGAUUUAAGAUGCACCCUGGUGAAAAUGGAAAAAUUGAGGCGGGCGUCAAAUGGAAUGAACUCGUUACGUUGUAGGUCCUUAAAUAUACAUCAAAACACAACAUACCUUUGGUAGGACACAUGUAUAUAAUGUACUGUAUUGCGAUACAGUAUACUAAGUGUCAGAAAGGUUCCGUGACUGGAAAGAUGUCUUUCAAGGCCAAACUAUGAGUUUCACCCCCUUCUUUCCCCUCAACUUGUGGCUACUUCACCUUGACUGUAUGCCUACUCAGAAUGCGCCGAGUUCACAGUCACUGUAAUGGGAAAAAAUAUGAACCCUUAGUCGACAAGAGACGGGACAAAUGCUUUUAGAGAAAUGAGAAACGCCAUUCGCUUAUAACCAUACUGGCGGCUGCAACGAAGUUAUCACCCCACCAACUUUUGUGUCAAGCAUAUACAAACAUGAAUAGAGCGUUAGCUUUCCCCCUGUGGAGCAACUGACCUUUGUUAGAACACGGCAGAGUUGAUGCGAAAAUAGAAUUCAUACAUUUGCGUUCACUGCAAAGAAAUCCUUUUUUAAUGGUCUUGGAAGAAUCGAGAAAGUGUGUUAGAUUACAGGGUCCUUCGACAAAGGGGGAAAUGUGUAGUUUGCAUUUGUUAUAUCCUUUGUGGCACCAGGCUUGGAUUUUUUUUUUUUUUUUUUGUGAAGUCUCAGAAUACUUAAGUGCAGUCGAGUUUUAAUAUUUGCCAUACUUUUCUUCUGGCAAUUGAUAAUGCUGCUUGUAUUUAAUGAAUGUAGAAAAAAGCCUGAGAUGUUUUCCUCCAAAUAUUGUAUUUAUCAGAGUUUGUACAUAAAAUAUUUAAACCUCA